CAGGAGAGCAAGGAUGGGAAUUUGGCACUCCUUUGUUGAUCGAUGAAUGGUGUGAUUGAUUGACCGCUGAUGUGACUGUAUAAAUAGAGAGAUACGUAGCUGCAGUGGAAGAGGGAGAAGAGCACAGGACUGAGCUGAGGGGAACACGGGAUUCUCGGCAGCAUGCUCUCGCGGGGGAUCUAUGACUCUACCAAAUUGCCUGUGGUACCAAAUGUGGGGGAGGGGAGGGAGGGGUGGGGGGGGCUAGAGUCUAGAGGUGGGGGAAAGAGGAGGGAAGAAUUGACGACGCAUGGUCAUCGUCACUGCUAUUCUGCUGCAACUGCGAAUCGACCCCUCAGAAGCAAAACGGUGCUUCUGGCGGCGAACCAGCAUGGGAAGCGCGAGGCUUUGUCACAUGAUCGAUGCUUUUGUGGUGUCUGCGGUGCCGUCUGGAACCAGAGGCGCUCCUCCAUAUCCAGAGCUCAGAGUCAUGGUCCUCUCCGAAGAGGAAACAAUGGCGGUCUCACGGAGUGUGAGGUAGGUGCACUGCGACAAAGAGAGAAGCAGAUGAUCUCCUCCCUCCAGCGAGUGUGCAGGGGAUCAAGUCUCACUCGUACAAACAUCGUGGGUCAGCUUCGUCAGAAAGGGAAUGUGUCUGACGUUGGCCUGUACCGCCCUUUGCAGGUUACGAGGGUUGAUAGGCGCGGGCGCUCCGUCUCUGUGGCAGAUGGGAGGGUAAGGUGUUCGGCAUUGGCCGUGGAACAUGCACAUGGCGAGGGAUUGAAUGAAAGGGGAAGUAUAUGGGUUGGCACUUCCUCGGUGGAGGCCGGACAGUCCAAUGGAUGCUUGUACAUGGAAGAAGAUUGUGGAGAUGGCGGGGACUCUGACGGUGGUCAUGGAGGUGGGGAGGGGGGUUCGUUUGACGGUAGUUCGCAUGGUGAUGAGGGGGGAGGGGAGGAAAGGGAGGGAGAAUGGGUGCAAGCGGUCAUGGGUAAUGCCUUUAAGUUUCUACGGGAAUCCCCGCGACAGCUGCCGCUCCUAAUGAGUGGGAAGAGGAGCACAAAGCAAAUCACGCAGCAACCGUGGUUGACUCUGCAUGCCAAAUACAUGGGAUCUGUCUUAGCCAUUGCUGCUUCUAUGUUUGGGUUGGCAGUGUUGCCGACUGCGAUCGCUCUGACAGCUAUACCCGUUCCCCUCACACCCAAGACUCUGCCUCAUCACCAUGCGACGGAUGACGUCAUAAACACCGCCGUCCCUGCAUUUGACGAGGAGGAAGAGGGAACAGAUCUUAGUGACAGGGAGAAUGACAGUCCUGUUGAAGACAAGAUUCAAGAAGCACUCUUGUCGACAAACGGAUUGACAGCGAUGACUGGAAACACCCACAGUGGUCUGCGUGGGGUCAAAGGGUAUCACUCUGCGGUCGAACGGGAAGGAGGUGGUGAUCAGGAGGGUGUCAAUGCGGAUAAGAACGUGGAUAGCGCCGAAGGGGAGAAGAUUCCAGGCGGCGUAGUGUGGGAAAUUCAGGGUAACAUGUGGCGCCGACUUGUCGCCGCCAAGGAUGACACAUUCGUCGUCGAUCGGACGCUGAAGGCGGGGGCGGCUUCUGCGGAGCUGACCUGCGAAAGCAUGGAGAAGUUUAUGCGAGCAGAGGAGGAAGAGUCUUCCAAAGUAGGGCAGGAAAAGACAGGACAGAAGGCAGAUCGACGUAACGGGGACUCGUCGGGGCCUCUUCCCUUGGAUGAUGAUGGGUUGAUUGCUUUCGUGAGGCACGAGUUUCGGAAGGGCAUUGAAUGGGCGGUGGAGGGUUUAAAAGGGGUCAUGCUGCCGGAGGGAUUCCCGCAGAGUGUCAGUGAUGAUUACGUGGCACACACGCAGUGGAGGAUGGGACAGGUUGCCGCCAGCCAGGUGAACUUUGUGCUCUGCACGCAGGCGCUACUCUACGCUGUCGGACUGGGUAAAGGCGCAAUUCCCACUGCAGCUGCCAUCAACUGGGUGCUGAAGGACGGAGUCGGCUUCCUGAGCAAGCUGAUCCUGACGAAAUAUGGCCGCGACUUCGAUGAAAACCCCAAGUCGUGGAGGUUUUUGGCCGACUUCGGAGAGAACAUUGCCUAUGGGUUGGAACUGAUGACACCGACGUUUCCGCAUCUGUUUGUGUUCCUCGGUGCUGGUGCUGGAGCAGUUCGCGCUUCGUCGGGGCUCAUACAGGCCGCCACAAGGGGUUGCUUCAAUGCCAGCUUUGCGGCUCAGCGAAAUUUUGCUGACGUUGUCGCUAAAGGAGAAGCACAGGGCAUGGUUAGCAAAUGGGUUGGAAUUGCGAUUGGAAUUGCGGUGUCCAGUAAAGUGGGCAAUCGAGGUCCAGCGCUGUGGGCGACAUAUCUGACGAUCUGUGCUCUUCAUCUUUACUGCAACAUGAAGUCUUAUCAAACUGUCCACCUUCGUACGCUGAAUCCGUACCGCGCUGCACUUGCAUUUUCGCAUUAUCUUCACACUGGCCAAAUGCCUGGCACGAAAGAAGUCAACAGGGAGGAGCCUUUGCUUCCGAAAGUCAGUUUCUUAGAACGGUUCUCGAAUGUGCGAUCGGUCGGUUCCACGCUGACGGGCAACGGCGUUACUUCAGACGCGUCAGUAAACAUGCUGCGUGGGAUGAUGGCAACUAGUGCUGGAGAGGUUUGUGAUCUUGCGAAGGCGGAGGCGUAUGAUUUCCGGGACCGUCUGGAGGUUGGAUGCCGGUUGGAUUCCAUCGUCAAGUCCAGCGAGGAGGUGGAAGCCCUUAUGCGUCUUUAUGAUGGAGAAAAGUAUAUAUUAUCGAAGAAAGACGACACAAUUAAGGUGGUCGUGUUCGAAUCGGCUACGCCCAAGGACCUUCUGAAAGCUGCUUUGCAAGCAAGUUACAUUCAACAUGUCUGUUUCCAAAGCAAUAUCUGCAGAAGUGGUGUGGCUGCGAUGACGGGCCCUUCUCGCCCCUGCCACUCUCCUUCUUUUCCAGUAGAGCCUAUGAUGCCCAAGGAUGCGGAUGAUCUCAGCUCGGCAGACACGGCCGCGGAUCUCCGUGUCAGAGAGAAUCCGGUGACUCCUGACAGUGCGCACGAGGACGAGAGCCAUUGCGCGUCCGCCCUUACAGCCGAUAGCAGCCACGAUACAGGAAAUGGCGGAACUGUGAGUGGCCUGCAGCAAUGGAAGAAGUAUUGGCCGACAAAUGCGAAGGAGGGUAUCCCCAAUGGUUGUCGGGAGGGAGGCAUCUUGCGGUCAUCUCUGGAGUUCAUGAGGGCAAGUUUUGGAGAAGUAGAGAGACGAUUGAUGGAGGCGGGAUGGGUAGCAGACGGACUGGUGGUGCGGCCUGCUGAGUAUCGAAUACUGCACCUCCGUCUUGGGCUCGAUGGCGCAGGCUAGAGCGAUAGAUAGGCCGUUUCAGAAUUGCAGGUCGGGCCGAAUGGGUUGGUUCCAGUUGGCCAGUUGGUUGCUGGAUGUGCCAACCGCUUGUUGGGAUGAGCUUUGUAAAAUCAUAGAUAGGUGGGGUCUCGGAGUCGCAGGUCUGCAAGAAUCCAACUGGCUGCAUGUCUGGAGGAGCAUUGUAGGAUCAUAGAUAGGUGGCUUAGAAUCGCAGGUCUUCUGGACCGGGGAUGGGUUGAGCACAGAUGGCCAGCUGGUUGCCGGAUGCGCGGGCCGUGUAUCUGGAGAGGUGUUGUGGGCAUCAGUGCCAAAGGAUACAACGGAGCGCGGAACACUCCAAUGAGUGUGAUGAUGUGCUGAAAGUUCGACUUUUUGUACAGCGGAAGGUCAAGUCGAGGAUGACCGUUGAUCGAGUAGUCUGUGGAUCAGCAGAUUGAAUCGAAGGGUCUAUGUCAGGUCUUUGGGGGAGUCGCUUGGAGCUACUCGAUAGCGAGCGACAAGUGAAUUCAGCUUUUUGGGA